AUGCCAGCAAGUCUUAAGUUUGAGCUCAAACUUCAGGAUGUCAUCACAAGAUGCUGCAUAGCUGCCUCUCAGAAUGGUCUUCGUGUUAUGACACUAGACCAGGAAAGAUCACUGGACACUCUAUUGAGUCUUUUUCAGGCUCAGAUUGUGACCAUUAGUCUGGAUCACCCGUCAAGUAAGCAUCUGUGCCCUACACCGAAAUUUCUUCUUUACAUCGCUGACAACUUCAAAGUUCAUGAUCAAUUCUACGUUCGAGUAGCGACGUUAUAUGUGCAGAGCUUUAUCCUCUUCAAAGCCCCCGCGUCGCAGGACCCGCAGUCACUUUACGAUUUGUGCGUUUCCGCAUGUCAAGUUGUCGAAUCGUUUGAAAUCCUGGAAAAGAGUGGCACGAUGAAUCUACCAGCGUCUGGAAUGUACGCAUACUACAACAUUAUGCUGCCAUGUCACGUCUUGUUGAGGCUGCUAAAGACCUCGUUCUCAACCUUCGUCGAUGUUGAAAGAGCGAAAGCAGCACUGUUCCUCGGAAUCAGCCUACACAAGCGCAUGUCUUUACAGAACGAUGACCUGCCAGCCAGAAAUGGCGCGGCUCUCACAAAUCUGUGGAACAGCAGCCGAGCUUUCAAAAAACCCAAUGGUUCCGAGGCCGUGGGGCUGAGAGUUCGUAGCCGUUUGUUGGGAAGCAUUCUCCUUGACGGGGUUCUGUGGUGGAGAGAGGAACACGGCGCCAUGAUGGGGGUUUAUGCACCACCGUUGAGCGAGCCCAAUGACGAAACUCAGAGAAAUGAUGACGCGAAUGGACUUCCACUCAGCGAUGCCUCGACAAAUGGCAUUAUCAAACAAGACUUCUCCACUUUCUUGGACGACCCUAUGUUGAUCGAGUUUGGAUGGUCUAUCGGUGAUGACAUCUUCUCUCCUGCAUGGGCCGAUGCGACUAUCGCCCCGUUAUGA